GGUCAGCGUCCUCGGCCAGUGGGCAUGGUGGCGGCCUGCGCCCUCGCCUGGCGCAGCCAGAAGAGCCGCCGGCCGGGGGUGCCAAUGGCUCCCCGCGUGAGGGAGUGAGCGGCGGCCCCCCCCCGCCCCCCGCCGAUGGGGGUCGUAGCGGCCCAGGACUGAGGCCGCGCCGCCGACCGCCAGGUGACGCAUGGUGCACGGAGUGACCAGCGGCCCUGCCAGGGUGAUGGCAAGAGGGGCGUGAGCGGCCCUCGAGGUCACCUGUGACUGCUGCAGACACAGGUCCCAGCGCCCCCGGCCAGCCACCCGACCUUCCCGGCCACGCCCCCGGCGGCGGAUGGGGCCGGUGGGGCCCCAAGGCGCCGCGUGACCCACCGUCCGGCCCGCGCCCCACCCCACCCAACCCGGCCAUGGCGGGCGCCGAGGGCUUCCAGUACCGGGCGCUGUACCCGUUCCGCCGGGAGCGGCCCGAGGACCUGGAGCUGCUGCCGGGCGACGUGCUGGUGGUGAGCCGCGCGGCGCUGCAGGCGCUGGGCGUGGCCGAGGGCGGCGAGCGCUGCCCGCAGACCGUGGGCUGGAUGCCCGGCCUCAACGAGCGCACGCGGCAGCGGGGCGACUUCCCCGGCACCUACGUGGAGUUCCUGGGGCCCGUGGCCCUGGCCCGGCCCGGCCCGCGCCCACGGGGCCCGCGCCCACUGCCCGCCAGGCCGCGCGACGGUGCCCCCCUGCCAGGCCUUGCCCUCCCCGACCUGCCGGAGCAGUUCUCCCCUCCCGAUGCGGCCCCUCCUGUCCUGGUGAAGCUGGUGGAGGCCAUUGAGCGGGCAGGGCUGGACGGCGAGCCCUACCACAGGCCGGAGCUGCCCGCCCCGCGCACAGACUGGUCCCUGAGCGACGUGGACCAGUGGGACGCGACGGCCCUGGCAGACGGCAUCAAGGGCUUCCUGCUGGCUCUGCCCGCACCCCUCGUGACGCCCGAGGCCUCGGCCGAGGCGCGCCGGGCCCUGCGGGAGGCCGGGGGGCCCCUGGGGCCGCUGCUGGAGCCCCCGACGCUGCCGCUGCACCGCGCGCUCACGCUGCGCUUCCUGCUGCAGCACCUGGGCCGCGUGGCCCGCCGCGCCCCCGCCCUGGGCCCCGCGGUGCGGGGCGGCGCCACCUCGCGCCCGCUGCUGCUGCGCGCGCCGCCGCGCGCGCGAUCGUCGCCCCGCCCGGGCGCCCUUGCCCCCAGGAGCGAGCCCAACGCGGACUUUCCCGCGCUGCUGGUGGAGAAGCUGCUUCAGGAGCAUUUGGAAGAGCAGGAGGUGGCGCCCCCAGCGCUGCCGCCUAAGCCCUCCAAGGCGAAGCCGGCCCCCGCGGGCCUAGCCAAUGGCGGGAGCCCGCCCUCCCUGCAAGACGCCGAGUGGUACUGGGGGGACAUCUCCAGGGAGGAGGUGAACGAGAAGCUCCGGGACACGCCCGACGGCACCUUUCUGGUCCGGGACGCGUCCAGCAAGAUCCAGGGGGAGUACACGCUGACCCUCAGGAAAGGCGGGAACAACAAGCUGAUCAAGGUCUUCCACCGCGACGGGCACUACGGCUUCUCGGAGCCGCUCACCUUCUGCUCCGUGGUGGACCUCAUCAGCCACUACCGCCACGAGUCGCUGGCGCAGUACAACGCCAAGCUGGACACGCGGCUCCUCUACCCAGUGUCCAAGUACCAGCAGGACCAGCUGGUCAAGGAGGACAGCGUGGAGGCGGUGGGCGCCCAGCUCAAGGUCUACCACCAGCAGUACCAGGACAAGAGCCCGAGUCGCCGCUCGUACGCGGAAGUCCACGCGCGCUCCCAGCCCCUCCCCCAGGAGCUACAGAUGAAGCGCACAGCGAUUGAGGCUUUCAACGAGACCAUCAAGAUCUUCGAAGAGCAGGGCCAGACGCAGGAGAAGUGCAGCAAGGAGUAUCUAGAGCGCUUCCGGCGUGAGGGCAACGAGAAGGAGAUGCAGAGGAUCCUGCUGAACUCGGAGCGGCUCAAGUCCCGCAUCGCGGAGAUCCACGAGAGCCGCACGAAGCUGGAGCAGCAGCUGCGGGCUCAGGCCUCGGACAACCGGGAGAUCGACAAGCGCAUGAACAGCCUCAAGCCGGACCUCAUGCAGCUGCGCAAGAUCCGCGACCAGUACCUCGUGUGGCUCACCCAGAAAGGCGCCCGGCAGAAGAAAAUCAACGAGUGGCUGGGGAUCAAAAACGAGACUGAGGACCAGUACUCGCUCAUGGAGGACGAGGACGACCUCCCGCACCACGAGGAGCGCACGUGGUACGUGGGCAAGAUCAACCGCACGCAGGCGGAGGAGAUGCUGAGCGGCAAGCGGGACGGCACCUUCCUCAUCCGCGAGAGCAGCCAGCGCGGCUGCUACGCCUGCUCCGUGGUGGUGGACGGCGACACCAAGCACUGCGUCAUCUACCGCACGGCCACCGGCUUCGGCUUCGCGGAGCCCUACAACCUGUACGGGUCGCUCAAGGAGCUGGUGCUGCACUACCAGCACGCGUCGCUCGUGCAGCACAACGACGCGCUCACCGUCACCCUCGCGCACCCCGUGCGCGCCCCGGGCCCCGGCCCGCCGCCCGCCGCCCGCUGAGCGCGGGGCAACCCG